UGUGAGUCAUCCAGCCCAAUAUUUCACAUGAUAUAUUCUGCAUAUAAGUUAAUAAGCAGAGUGACAAUAUACAUUAAUAAAAAUCCAAAGAUAAAAAUCUGUCAAGAAAAACUAUCAUCUUAAAAGAUGUGCAUUAGUACUUAUACCAAAUUCUCCAAGUGUUCCUCUUUACCAUAAAAACUAAAAACAGUGGGUCUGAUUUUCCCUUUUAAAAAAUAUUAUUUUUGAUGUUUCUUAUUAUAACAUACAAAAGCAAUUAAUAGCUGAUAAACAGUCACUGGUAAUGAGAAUACAUUAUUUUUAUCACCCUUAUUAUUUUGCAUUUAUAAACCUCUUAACCAUUUAAAAAACAUUUUUAUUAAAGUCCUUAUAUUUGCUCUUUAUAGCAACCCUGGCCAAACCUAGUUUCUUUGGAUCCCUGUUCUGACUCUCGAAUCCAAGUUUCCUGGUCCUCAUAAAAGGUGUUCUUCUUACUAGCUAAGCAACACAAUGGAAACCACGGCGAAAACAAAUAAAAGGGAUAUUCAAGAUGGGCCGCCAAAAGAAGUCAAAUUGCCUAUCAGUGAAGCACUUUUAGACUAUCACUGUCAAAUAAAGGAAAACGCACUGGAACGAUUUAUGGCUCAAAUAAAGAAACUUAGAGAAAAGAAUCAAAAGUAUCAUGAAAGAAAUAAACGCUUAAAGGAUGAACAGAUUUGGCACAUACGGAACCUACUAAAGGAACUCAGUGAAGAGAAGUCAGAGGGAUCCGUAGUUGUAACAAGAGAGGAGGUUGAAAACGCAAUGAAGGAAAAAUGGAAGUUUGAAAGAGACCAGGAACAAAACUUGAAAGAUAUGCGCAUCCAAAUAAGUAAUGCUGAGAAGCUAUUUCUUGAGAAACUCAGUGAGAAAGAAUAUUGGGAGGAAUACAAGAAUGUAGGGAGUGAACAGCAUGGUAAACUCAUUACCUCCUUACAGAACGACAUCAACAGAGUUAAGGAGAAUGCCGAGAAAAUGUCAGAACAGUAUAAAAUCACCCUGGAAGAUGCUAGAAAGAGAAUAAUCAGAGAAACUUUGUUGCAACUGGACCAAAAGAAGGAAUGGGCCACAGAGAACGCUCUUAGGUUCAUUGACAAGGGCAGCUAUCGAGAGAUCUGGGAGAAUGACUGGCUCAAAAAAGAGAUUGCAAAUCACAGGAAGGAAGUGGAAGAACUGGAAAAUGCUAUUCAUGAGCUGGAAGAAGAAAAUUUGGUGCUUAUUGAUCAGCUAUUCAACUGCAGACUUGUGGAUCUCAAGAUACCCAGGCAACUGUAUCUCACCCAGGCUGUUGGGCAGGAAGUACCACCUGAAGUGCCUUUGGAGUUGUCAGAAACACAUAAAGUCAUCCCAGAAAAGUCAGACUCACAACCUGUAGACAUAAAAAGCAGAGACGUGUCAAGCAUCUCAUUUGGGAGCAGUGGUUUUCAUCUUAGUCACAAGGACAGCAGAUUCGGCCAGCUCCUGAAGAUAGAUGAAGAAGAGAGUUCAAGCAUAGAGUUUGGAGCCUCUGAUAUGAAAUACUUACUGUAUGAGGAUGAGCAGGAUUUCAAGGAUUAUGUAAACCUGGGCCCCCUGGAAGUGAAGCUCAUGACGGUGGAGAGCAAGAAAAUGCCCAUCCACUUCCAAGAGAAGGAAACUCCAGUCAAAUUCUAUGAAGAUGUCAGGAGCCCAGAAAGCCACAUCACGUAUAAAAUGAUGAAGUCUUUUCUCUAAAACUGAAAAGUGAAAACAACUUCCUGUACUUUUCUUUGGGGAACUGAGAUGUAUCAGUUGCCCAUUUUAUUUACACUUUGGUCCAUUUUUAAAGCAGUGAAUAUUUCUA